CUCCCGCUAAGCCCCGCCCCUCCACCGCACCCUAUGUCGUCAUUUCCUGUGGGUCUGCAGGCAAAGGGAGAAGAUGGCGGCGCUGGGAGAACCUGUGCGGCUGGAGAGGGAUAUUUGUAGAGCAAUUGAGUUGUUGGAAAAACUGCAAAGGAGUGGAGAGGUACCACCCCAGAAACUUCAGGCUUUACAAAGAGUCCUUCAAAGUGAAUUCUGCAAUGCUGUAAGAGAGGUAUAUGAACAUGUCUACGAGACUGUGGACAUCAGUAGCAGUCCUGAAGUGAGAGCUAAUGCAACUGCAAAGGCUACUGUGGCUGCAUUUGCUGCCAGCGAAGGACAUUCUCAUCCUCGAGUUGUUGAGCUACCAAAAACAGAAGAAGGCCUUGGAUUCAAUAUUAUGGGAGGCAAAGAACAAAAUUCUCCGAUCUAUAUAUCUCGAAUAAUUCCAGGUGGAAUUGCUGAUAGACAUGGGGGCCUCAAGCGAGGAGAUCAACUCCUUUCUGUUAAUGGAGUGAGCGUUGAAGGAGAACAUCAUGAAAAAGCUGUAGAACUGCUGAAAGCAGCUCAGGGAAAGGUUAAAUUAGUAGUACGAUACACACCCAAGGUCCUAGAAGAAAUGGAGUCACGCUUUGAAAAAAUGAGAUCAGCGAAACGCAGGCAACAGACCUAAUGCAAUUCAAAACUUUAUAUUCCAUUUUGCUUUUAGCUAGGAAAGUUUUACUUGUGACCUACUGAUGGCCGCAAUGCCAAUGAUUGUAAAAAAGAAACAGAAACUUCCCGUGAAGUCCUCCUUGCCAUUUUAUAAACACCUACUUUAACAUUGUUUAUGGUUCCAGAGAUGCAUACACUUUUUUCUGACAAGAAAAAGUGAAAGGUGAUGAGGGCAAUUCUGUCCUGCUGUUUUUACAGGCCUUUUUCAAAUGCAGAUUUUGUCAUAAAGUUGUUAUAGAUUUUUAAAAAUGCUUUUUUAAUAUUAAAAUGUACUUUUACAUUCUUAAUCUUUUUUUAGAAAAAAAAGUUUUCUUCAUUUGGCUGCUUAUUUAAAAAUAACAGUUCUCCAAUUCUUUUAUUGCUUACUCUAUUUUUUUUAACUUGUAAAAUUUCUUUAUGGUUUCCAAGAAAUUAAACAUUAACAGUCUCAGCUACAGCAGUUCAUUACACUAUCAAUGUUAACACCACUGCUGCAUUUUGUACUUUGAACACAUGCAUAAUAUAUAUAAUCAGUGGUAAAUCAUAACGCAGCAGAGUGGAAGUUUUUUACUUUUAUUUAAACAUAAUGUAUAAUGAAUAUUCAUUUGUACUGAUUUAUAAAAGUUUUUAAACACUGAAACAAUCAUUGCUAAAAUAUAUAUUCUUUCAUAAUUGAGCAGUGAGGCAAGAGGAUGUAAUUUGGUUGUUGGCAUUACUGAUUAUAUCUAUAUUCAACAAUAUAUCAUAAAUUACAAAUGCAAAAACAGGUUCAGGUUUCAUCUUUUGCAAAUUUUUUUAAUGCUGUUCAUUUUUAUUUAAAUAUAUUUCGUAUAUUUUGGUUUUUCCAUUCCUAGAGAUGAGCCAGUUAGUUUGUGCUGGUAAAUAGCAGAAGCAAAGACAAAAAAGUAAUACUUUUAACCUCACUAGUCUCAAGAGUUACACACUCUUAACUAGCUCAACUUAAAAUAAUUGAUUUUAAAUAGGAAGAAGAUAGAAGGAUAUACUUAAGAUACAUAGAAAUUACGAGGUGAUAUAUUCAUAAGAAUCUGCAGACUCAAGUCAAAAUGAGUAGGAACUCAUUCAUACUGAGACGGUUGAAUUUAGAGAUUUGAUCUUUGAUUCAGAUGAUGGGAAUUCUGAGAGAUACUUUCAUUUGUCCACUGGAUGUCACUCUUUUACUGAAAGGCAGCUAGUAGUGUAGGACUAUGACUGAGGUCUUUUUUCAAGAUGGAAAUUGAGAGCUGAAGUUCAUUUUCAGUCACAACUUAUAGGAAAAUUUGUACGGAUUUUAAGAAUUUUAAGUGACAGAUGCUAAAAAGAAGGUAAUGGGUUGAAAUGUAUAAGGAAUUUAUCCUAAUUACUGACCCUGUGUAAAAAGUGGGCAUUUUGUAACAUUCCUUCAGGAAGAAUAGAAAUGUAUACCUUUUUCUGCAUGUUUGUGAGCACUGUGAGUCUUACAAGAUUAUUCCAGUUUUCAGUGAUUUUCAGAAUAAAAGUCAAUCAGCAUUGUUUUUUAUCUUUUAGGUAUUGAACACUGGAUUGCAUGGUUGAAUGUGUCUUUAGUCCACUAUAAAACGUGCUUGUACUGAUAGGAUCAUGUUGUUAAAUUGUGUAUUUUCAAAAUUAAUUGAUGUUUUUAAAAUGUUGAGACCAAAGUAGUAUAGAAGAAUUAUGGACUUAUUUUAAUUUAAUUGUAAAAUUAUUAGAGGUAUUUGUUGUAGAGCUUUACAUAUUAAAGAGAGCUAUUGGUGCAUAUAAAAACAGUAAUAUUAUUAUGCUCGUAUUGCAUUACAGGGUAAGUAAAUCCUGAAAAACCUUAUUUAGUAUAGCUACAGCUGUAGUAGCUCUCAAGGGCGUGUCAGCAUUUCAUUAUAAAUUACAGCUUCCCGGUUCAGUAUCUCAGCUGUUUCAGAACUUUCAGCCAAGUUCAAUCUUUUUUGGUGUUGAAACUUAGUAAGUUGAGUAAGCUAUUUUUUUUUCUUCUACAGUAAUCCACAAUCUGUUCGUUGUGUGGGUUGGCACUUAUUUAUAAUUCUUAAAAUAAAGAUAGCUUAAAGGAGCCAAAUACAGUAGUUUUGCUUGCUACUGUUGAGCAUGAGUAGCAGUAGUUUGUUUUUGUUAAUGGAGCUUUCACAGUGUAUCCCAGAAUUUUAAAUCUUGACCACAGAAAAAUAUAGUCAUUCAGUGGCAAAGAUGUACAGUAGUGGCCUGGUAUAGUGAGGGAAUGAAGGGAAUUGUCAUCUUAUAAAUAAAUGUAUGAUUCAUGAAUGUAACUAAGCACAUUAUAAGUAAAUAAGUUUUUUAUUUCUAAAUUAUAAACUACCCAAUUUCCAUCUAUUUUCUUGGUAUUUCAAAACGGGUGGAUUCAGUGAUUCUCAGCCUUCGCUGCACAUUAGAACACCCUGCAGAGCUUUAAGAAAUAGUACUGCAGGAGUCCCAUUCCAUACCAAGUAAGUUCAGAAUCUCCAAGGGUGGGGCCAGAUACUUAUUUUUUUAAACUUUCCAGGUGGUUCUAAAGGACAUCUAGGGUAGAGAACCACUUGUUUUCCCCUUUAUAAAAUGCUCUAAUUAUACUGGACUCUGUUUGGAAGUAUCAGAAUAGAAUAACUCAAAUUAUAGCUACUGUUAAGUAGCUGCAAAUACACUAAUUGAUUAUCUUAGUAAUUUCUUUAGGAAUAAAAGAUACUUGGCAUUCCUUAUUUGGGAAGUAAUUACAGUUUAUCUUUUAUCUUUUUUUUUAAUCUGCCAAUAGUUUAAAUGUACAAUUUUAAUGUCUGUCAUCCUUCUGCCCUCUUUGCCUUUAAAACUUAACAAAAAUAAAUGUUUAUUAGUUGAGAAAGCAUGUUUAAAAGCUGCAGAUGAGAAAUACUGUCAUUGAUAAUUAUGUGCUGUCUUCAUAUGGCCACUUUAUCCAAUAGGAUACUAGAUUAUAAUGGCCUGGUUUGGGGUUUGAUAAUUGAGAUGUGUUUUAAAAACUCAUUGUCUUCCUCUUCUAAAUUUUUUAGUUAUUUUGCUCAAGUACUUAAGUAGUUUGGCUCAAGUACUUUGUUUACAAUUUAAAUGGUUAGUAUAGCAUUUAACAGAAGAAAUGGCUAUGUCUUCUCUGAAAAGAACAUCAGCAUGACUUGGUGUAGACUUAAAAGAAUAUAUGUUGUGAAUAUUUUAUAAUGUGGAAUGAUCACUGAAAUAUCCAGGACUCUGGUAAUUGUAUUUCCUGAAUAAAUGUAUGUUUAUGAAUUUUCUAACUUACAUUUUGUUGUCUCUUCUAACAAUCUGGUUUUAUACUUUCUAUUGUCCAGAAUUCCAAUAGUGUUUUUUUAGCAGUUGUUGUAGUUCUGUAAUGGUUAAAUAGUGGAGAAAACCAAAUUGCUUGCUCAUUAAUUUUCAAGAACUUCCAAACUAAUAUGUAUUUGGACAUACUUUUUAAAAAUAUCAGCAAACAGUAUGUUUCUACUUUAAUUCUUUAGUUGGAGGCAAAGAAAGAAACCCCAAAUGGAUUUAACACUUUUUCAAUAGAUGACUUCAUUUACCAAGUUAAUUUUGAUUCUAAGGUUUAUUUAAAAUAAAUUUGUAUUAUGUUCUUGUUAUUUGGAUUUGGAAAAAAAAAUUGGUAUAACUACACAAUAAAUGUGUUUCUGAAAGCUCUGUAUAACAUAACUUUUAAAUAAGUUGAAAAGCAUAAUGUAUGGUGGUUACUGGAGUGAACCUUUGAAUUCCUAUAUUUUGUUUUGUCUUUCAUAAAAUACAACUACAGAAAAAA